AUGCCAUUCUCAUGGCCGUCAAUACCUAAUCCUAUUCCUCGCAGAGUGAGACGGAGACUGAGGUCCAAGUUCCGUUCGAAUACAUCUCCGGCUUCGUCGAUUGCUUCAAUUGAGACGUCUUUCAACCCAAAAGAUACAUUACGAGCUUUGAGGUCACAUAGAUGGUCGGUUUAUGAUGGACAAUAUUUAAUCUUGAUCAUUAUUGCAAUAUUCUCGCUCUCAAUCAGUCAGGCUCCUGGGCCUCUCAUGAAGACUGGAGCUGCAACUCUUUUGAUGCUGGCACUUCUUAUGCCAGUUACGAGACAGUUCUUCCUACCAGUUCUCCCAAUCUUCACCUGGUUGGUUUUCUUUUUCAAUGCUCGAUUUAUUCCUGCCGAAUAUCGACCACACAUCUGGGUUAAAGUUCUACCUGCCCUCGAAAACAUAUUCUAUGGAGCAAAUAUUAGCAACAUUCUCUCAGCACACCAACACGUAGUUCUCGAUGUUCUCGCAUGGUUACCCUACGGUAUUUUACACUUUGGAGGUCCCUUUGUCUGGGCUGCCUUGAUGUUCCUCUUUGGUCCUCCUGGUACCGUCCCAGUUUUUGCACGAACAUUCGGAUAUCUCAACAUUAUCGGUGUUGCGAUUCAAUUAAUCUUCCCAUGUUCGCCUCCAUGGUAUGAGAAUUUGUAUGGUCUUGCGCCUGCAAACUAUUCUAUGGAAGGAUCACCUGCAGGACUUGCACGAAUUGAUUUGCUAUUUGGCUUCGAUAUGUACACAACAAACUUUACCGCAUCACCGCUAGUGUUUGGCGCUUUCCCAUCAUUGCAUUCUGGUAAUGCAGUUUUAGAGGCACUUUUCAUGAGCCAUUGCUUCCCAAAACUACGACCAUUUGUUAUUGGAUACGCUAUGUGGAUGUGGUGGGCAACAAUGUAUCUAUCUCACCAUUACGCCGUCGAUCUCGUCGCUGGUGGUUUCCUUGCUGCCAUUGCCUUUUACAUCUCCAAGACGAACUUCUUACCAAGAAUUCAAUCAGACAAGAUGUUCCGUUGGGACUACGAUUAUGUUGAGAGAGGCGAUGCGCCAACCGGCAUUUAUGAAUAUGGACUUGCAGUGCUAGAACAAGAUUUCCGUCAUGACAGCAGCGAUGAAUGGACCAUGGGAUCAUCUUCUUCAUUCUCUUCCGGAUCGAGAAGCCCUACUGACGAGAAUGGAUCAGCAUGGGAGGGUGAUACUUUGGCAUCGCAAGCUUCAGAUAGCGAGCUCAGCGAGGUCAUCGUUAGAUGA